AUGCAUGCUAUGACUACCAACUACUUCCAGGAGCUGUUCACUAAGGAUCCGGAGAUUGAUUACACUGGAAUUCUUGAUCUUAUUAAUGCUUCUGUUUCAGAUGAGAUGAAUGAGGAACUAUGCAAGGCCUUUUCCGAUGAUGAAAUUUCCAAUGCCUUAUUCCAGAUAGGACCACUUAAAGCCCCUGGUGUGGAUGGAUUUCCUACCCGUUUUUAUCAGAGGAAUUGGCAGAUUAUGCGGGAGGAGAUUACAAAGGCAGUGCGCCCGUUUUUUGAAACUGGGGAGAUGCCGGCGGAUGUCAAUACAACUGCUAUAGUGUUGAUUCCUGAAGUGGACCAGCCUAGAACUCUUAAAGAUUAUCGGCCGAUAAGCCUUUGCUCUGUGCUGUACAAGAUUGUGGCUAAGUGUCUUGUGAACCGCCUCCGGCCUAUACUUGGGGAGCUCAUAUCUCCAAAUCAAAGCGCCUUUGUCCCAGGUAGGCUUAUCACUGAUAAUGCUUUGCUAGCCUUUGAAUGUAUGCAUUCUAUCGAGACGGACACAGCUGCCGGUGAUAGCUUUUGUGCUUACAAGUUGGACCUGUCCAAGGCUUAUGAUCGGGUGGAUUGGGGAUAUUUGGAGUGCACGAUGCAAAAGAUGGGAUUUGCGCCCGCUGAUAAUGCGGAAGCAGAGCAGGUUCUUGAUAUCAUCCAUAGAUAUGAGAGAGGGACGGGGCAACUCAUCAAUCCCGCUAAGUGUUCCAUGUUCUUUGGCAAGUCCUGUCCGGAGGAGACCAAGCAUGAAAUGAGGAAUACGUUGCAAGUGGUUGAAGUGGACUUUGAAUCAAAGUACCUGGGCUUGCCAACGCCUGAAGGUCGUGUUAACCGAAGAGGGAAGGAGGUACUGAUUAAAGCUGUUGCCCAAGCUCUACCCACUUACGUCAUGGGGGUGUUCAAGCUGCCUUUCUCUGUCUGUGAGGAUCUCACUCAAAUGACAAGGAACUACUGGUGGGGAGCAGAAAACGGGAAACAGAAAACACACUGGAUGGCGUGGGAUAAAAUGAUAAGGCCGAAGCGGCAAGGCGGUAUUGGGUUCCGGGACAUGCGUAUCUUCAACCAGACUCUCCUUGCGAGGCAGGCAUGGUGGCUGAUCGAGAACCCUAACAGCCUUUGUGCCCAGGUGUUGAAAGCUAAUACUAUCCACAUGGGAAUAUCAUUGAUGCUGUCUUCACGGGGCGCCCCUCGUCGACGUGGCAACCCAUUGCAUAUGGGCUUGAGCUACUGA